AUGGUGCUCAUGCGGAGGCCUGAAGGUAUCCUCGUUCAGUGCGACGAGUCGAUUAAGACUAUUAUCGUCAAGAUUGAUUCUGAGCUGAACGACUUUAUCAUCGAAGAUCUCGACGAUGAGACGCUCGUCAUCAAAGCCGAGAAGCUUCCUGAACUCAAGCGUAGGCUGAAUGAGGUGCUGAAGGACGCUGUUGGAAUGCCUCCGGAAGCUGCGAACAUCGACUAA